GGGACCCACCCCAUCACCCGGGCUGUGUGAACGGUCAUGCAUGCAGCCUAACUGAAGCAAAAUAGCUCCUGAAAAUAUAUGGCUUGGCUUUUUAUUCCGCACACUCCGCUGCCCUGAUUCACGUUUGCGAAAAGCCCGCAUAGCCCAAACGGAGGGGGAACAAACGCUCUCUCCUUCCUGACGUAGCGUCCUGCCCGUCACAUGCGACGCUGAUGUGUCGGACGCUGCACUGAAGCUGGCAACCUGAAAAAAAUUCUGAUUUUAUUCUGAAACCUCAGAUGGGAAUAACGACAAUACUACACGAAGUCGGUAUGUUUUUUUCCCAGGAAUAUGAUGUCUUCACCACCUUCUUCUGCUCUCUCCACUCCCCUCUACCACCAGUGGGGAUCAGAAACGUGAACUAAAGCCUCAUAAGGGUUUAAUCCCUGCGACUGACAGAGCAUCCCUCUGGCCCCACCCUCCAUCCAGCCUUCGGCUCUGACUCACCUUUGCCUUCACCAGACAAUGGAGAGCCCCCCGAAGCUGGCGGGAGAGACCCUGAUUGUACACCACAUUCCGCUGGUGCACUGCCAGGUGUCGGGGUCACGGCGGCACUGUGGCAGCGGCCCCUUCAGCUGCCCUGAGAACCUGGGCCUGAGCCGCACCACCUCACUGCCUGAGAGGGAUGUUGUCCAGCGGGAGGCGCUGGUCUACAGCAGCCUGAUCCAGACCUCCAGCUCCGGGGACACCUUCGAGGAUGAACCAGGGCAGACAGGAGAGAAGGCAGGGAGUGGGGGGAGGGGCGGGGGUAUGGCCAGCGACACAUCCUCUUUCACGUCCAGCAAUUCUGAAGCCCCGUCCACACCUCCUGGAGGCCCACCCACUAAGGUGUGCAACAGGCCGAACUCACUCCGACACAAUCCGUUCCUUCUCAACACAGGUGAAGAUGAAGAUUAUGAGGAUGAUGAGGAUGAGGAUGGAGAUAACCUGAAUGGGUACCUGGAGGAUUCAUCCUUCCACCUACAUGGGAAUUCGAAUUCAACCUCAGAAGAUGGAGCUGACUUGGCUCCGUUCCAUCUUCAUGAGUUUGACUUCACCCCAGGACCUUUCCACCUUCACGAGUCCUUAGAAAAACCAUGGUGUUCUGCUAGCAUUCAAAGAGGGGUGUCAUGGAGCAGGGGAAGCACCAGGGGUGGAGUUUAUGAUUUUUCUGCAAACCUUGAGGACCUGGACUUGCAGGGAUUGGACAGCCAGCAUCGUCAUGGCAGCAGUGGCUCCACCCUGUCGAUGGACUGUGGUGAGCAAGAGUGGGGUGAGGAUGAUGAUGAGGAUGAAGACCAGUCAAUGCAAGGCCGGGGCAGCUCAGAAUGCUGUGGCUCCCACUGCCGCUCAUCCCAGCCAUUUUCCGAGCCCUUUUCUGAGCCAUUUUCCGACUGCACAUUGGGCUACGCCAGCGACUCCUCCUGCAAUAGCUCGGAUGGUGUGCUGGUCAACUUCAGUGCCAUUUACAGCAAGACAAACAAUGGUGUCCCUGCCAAACCGCCACUUAACCUCAACAGCUCUGCUCACCAGUCCUGUACCUCAUCUGUGUCUGAACUCAUUGGGAUAGGUGGAACUGAAUACAGCAAUGGGGGUGGUGCUUUUUACCUGGACCUGCAUACCUCUCCAAUAGAACCUCCCCAGCACUCUUCGAUCACCAAGGAAUCUGCAGACCCCACAUCCUCCUGCCAAUGCCCCUCCCAGCCACAAGGUGGCACCGUGGAGCUUGAUGCCAACUGCAACUCCUACCACACCCACUUAGGAAGUGAGAGGCUGCUGUCCUCUGAUGCCUCAACCACUGAACUCACUUCCUGUCUGCAGAGCCAAGCGCGAUUGGUCGUGGCAACCCAGAACUACUACAAGCUAGUGACCUGUGACCUUUCAUCACAGUCCUCACCUAGUCCCGCUGGGUCGUCCGUCACCAGCUGCUCUGAUGAGCACAGCAAGGGAAGUCCCACACAGCCAACGGAGUAUUUCCUGUUCAGACACACAAAAGAGGAAGAGGAAGAGGAGGAGGAAGAGCAUGUGGAAAACACAGAGCAAACAGAGAUGCAUGAUGGGAAAAAGGAAGGUUCCACAAGCAGCAGUGACCCCAACCACGUGAUAGAGGGGCAGGUGUAUGUCAACAUCUCCCCUCCUGUGUCAGCUCGCAGUGUGGGCGGAGCACUGGGGGCCGGCCGCCUGCGCUCUCGCAGCUACGAGCGCAACCUGGACAAGUCCCCGCCCCCUCGUCUGGGCUCGCUGGAGCGCAUGCUCAGCUGCCCCGUCCGUCUCAGCGAGGGCGCCGACUCCGGGCCGCUCCCUCCGCCGCGCGUCACUUCCUUCGCGGAGAUGGCACGGAACAAGAGGCGGCCGGGCGGGUCUCCAUCGCAGCGCAGCGCUCUGGAAGUCUCCUCCGCCCACUCAUCCGGAGAGUUCUCCCCGAUUCCGGAGGACCUUACACAGGCCCAGAGCCUCAGCCUACCCCCACUCACACAGCGCUGCAGCCAGGGAGCCUGCGAAACCAACUCACACAGACAUCGGAAUGCACCACUGCGAGACUCUCUGGGGGGAGCAGGGAGGGAGGCACGUACCAAAGCUGAAGGUGGACUGUCCAGUUCUACAGACUCAUCACCGGUUCUAGUACGCUACAGCAAAGAUCAGCGUCCAACUACAUUACCCAUACAGCCCUUCACCUUCCAGCACCAGUUUGGGAAGCCUCAAAACAAGCCUCUCCUCCCUCUAUUGGACGAAUACAUCAGUCAAAUGCAGGCACGCGGGGGUGCUGCCCCUGCGUGUGGUCAAGAAGACUCAGAGGAAGAUUGCAGACAACCUCAAGCCACCUCCAAUGCUCCCACCACAAUUCGACCAUCUCCUCUGGGCAGCUACUCUCCAGUUCGCCUGCAGGGGGUACCAAGCUGGUCUGGAACUUGCUCGACAUGCUCUCCUACGCCUGAUCAAGCCCCGGCGGGCCCGCGACCACCCCGGUCUGUUUCUUGCCCCAUUACUGCAGGCCUGUUGCCCCAACACUCGCCCACUGCAGCCACCCCCCACACAGGCGCCCACUCCAAACUCGGCCCUCUACCCCCAACUCCACCCCCUGCCCCACUCACUAAAAAACAAAGCCCGCUCAUGCCUACUCUGCCCACCAGGGGACAUUGUUUCCACCGUGGCAGUUUGACUACGUUACCCACGUUGCCCAGCUCUGGUCUCAGUCCAAUGGGGCAGCUGGAACCAGCACUACAGGAGGAAGAGGUGAAAGUCCUUCCUGCGUGUAUGACACAGAGACAUAACGCUCACCACCUCUCUCCACAGGCUCUGAGAUGGAGGGAGUAUAGACGUAAGAACCCUCUGGGUGUGGAGAGGAGCUCUUCCUCCCCCUCUUCCUCCUCCUCUUCCUCCUCUAACUCUGUUCCGGCCACCCUGACUGUCAGGAGGCCUGGGCCACGUCUCGUGCGCCGCAACGUCUUCGAUUUCCCCCCGUCCAAUCACACACCGAGCUUCAGCAGACUCAACGGGCAAUCAGUGAGGCAGCUCCAGCACUACAGCGACUUCCUGCCAGAUUACUUCUCACAGACAGAGCGCCCUCCAGAGGAGUUCUGUCUCUCACCUGACGCUACUACUGAAGACUCCAUCUCCAUUGACCUGCAGCAGAAAAGAGGUCUAGUGAAGGCCAUAAACACAGCAGUGGAUCUGAUUGUGGCUCAUUUCGGGACCAGUCGGGAUCCAGAGGUGAAGGCCAAGCUGGGGAACAGCUCAGUGAGUCCUAACGUAGGUCACCUGAUCCUGAAGUACCUGUGUCCUGCCGUGCAAGAGGUCCUGCAGGAUGGCCUCCGAGCGCACGUGCUGGACAUCAUCAUUGGCCAGCGGCGGAACUGGCCCUGGAGCGUGGUGGAGGCCUCAACGCAGCUGGGUCCUUCCACGCGGGUAUUACACAGUCUCUUCUUGAAAGUCAGCCAAUAUUCUGAGCUGACGAAUCACAGCAUGAGACUCAAUGCCUUCAUCUUUGGCUUGUUAAACUUGCGAUCACUGGAAUUCUGGUUUAAUCACAUUUAUACACAUGAAGACAUUAUAGCAGCCCACUAUCACCCAUGGGGUUUCCUACCCCUCUCUCAAGGGGCAUGUCAGCCAAUGUUUGAAGAGCUGUUACUCCUCCUUCAGCCACUAUCACUACUGCCCUUUGACCUGGACCUUUUGUUUGAGCCACAUCAGUUACAGAAAGGUCAGGAACACAUGAGACGUAAAAAACAGCUGUGUUCUGCUCGUCAAGACCUCGACCAAUCAGCUCGCUCCACAUUCCAGCUCAUGAGAAGCAAGGGAACAUUGGGGGUGAAGCCUGUGAAAGAAGAACUGGUGGCUAAGCCAGAGGGGGUAGGACCCCAGAAAGACAGGUUUGUGCUAAGACGGGAGGGUACCUGGCCCAGGAUGGAAACAGUGGGGUCCAAGAGACAAGCGAGGACAGAGCCAAGGACUGAAGGGGCAGGUAGCGAAUCUGUGGAAGCAGGGCCGGGACUUAAAUUGGAUGCUGGCAGAAAGAAUGAAGCAAGUCUGAUGGAUGGAAGAGAUAAAAGCGCAGACAGGAUGAAAGGAGUGGGAGAAGAGGAUGGAGAGAGGGAGAGAAAGAUAGAAAGAGAUGGACAAAGAGAAAGGGAGAAAAAAAGAGAAAGAGAUGGAGAUGCAGCCAGGCUGAGGAGCAAGCAGUCGGGCUGGUGGUUCCAGCUGAUGCAGAGCUCUCAGGUCUACAUCGACAACUCCACCCAGGGCUCCAAGUUCGUCAAGUGGGAGAAACGGAAGAAAGGAGGCACUGAGGGGUGGAGACAGAACCACCCACCUCCAAGAGAGGGCGUGGUUGAAGGAGCCGAGGCCAAUCACACGACAGACGAGCAGCCGGACCCCGAGCGACCUAGCAUGAUCAACAGUGGCAAUGGUGGAGGAAGGAGUCGCAGCACUAGCAACGGGACCUUUGACCAAUCCAGGCCUCCCUCAGAACCUUCCAGAGUCUCUAAGGGGAAGCCAUCUUGGAUGGGCAGCCCUCCAGAGUCAGUACUAUCGGAGCUGAAGAGGAGUAAGGAGCAGCAGCCGGACGGUCAGGGUCCCGAGGAGGGAGCCCAGACCCGGACAGGAGCAGGGGCAGACGGGGUGGCUCACGGCUUGCACUGGGGCCGACUAUUCGGAGCUGGGAAUCUUGGCAGGACAGAAAAGACUGAUCAGAAGCCAGGAGCCAGGAGCCAGAAGGGCAGGAUGCCGUCUGGCUGGCUCAAUCUGGAUCGUGCCAUGCUGGAUCUGGUGGUUCAGUCAGUGGGGGCAGGGAAAGUGGUGGGAAAGGGGGCGGAGCCUCCAAAACAAACCACCCACAGUCCUGAGGCCCAACAAAGCCCGACACAGCUGGCCCAAGAGCACGGCUCCCCCUCUCACCCAAAAGCUGCAUGUGAGGUGAGGGCAUUGUGUCACCACAUCGCCACGGAAACAGGCCACCUGAGUUUCCAUAAAGGGGACGUGCUACAGGUGUUAGGCAGAGCUGACUCUGAUUGGCUGCUCUGUGCUUUGGGUGAUGCCCAGGGUUUGGUACCCAUCAUCUAUGUCACGCUGAAUGGCAAGGAGAGACAGGGGCCUCAGCGAACACAAUGAACAAACACACAAACACACACAGACACACACACACACACACACACAGGCUGUGGUCAAGUUAUGAUUAGAGUAUGUACACUAAAAAGUAUGUACACACAGUCGUGACUUUAGGGGCUACAAUGAGCAUGCUUACACACACACACACAGACACACACACACACACACUCACAUACCAAAAGAAACGAAAUGUUUGUGCAAACAAUCAGACUAUCAGUCCGAUCUGAAUGUGUGUAAGCACAUGUAAAUGUACAUACUCACAAUGUUUAGUUUAUUGUCUUUUGGGAGGUAUACUUACUUUCACCCAGUUUCUUUCUGUUUGUCUGUUUAUCUAGCAGAAUAAUUCACAGCUCAUUUAAAGGGACAGUUCAACCAAACAGUGCAAACAGACAGUGGCGCUAAUGUGGCUAACAAUUAUUGAAAGCUAAUCUUAUUCCUUAUCACUUACUCUAACACAAAAUGCACAUGGCAUCAGAAAUACACACAUCAAAACAAAUUACAAAACAAAUUUACAUUCCUUUGUGAAGCUCAGAAAAUAAAUAGAUCAUGCUAGCUGCUACUGCUUGCUAUUGCUCCUUAUUAGCCACGUUAUCAUUGUCUGACUUUCCCCUUUAAAGUAGUCUUGCUAUUGCAUCACUUCUUCUCUGUGAUUCACAGUGCUUUUAUUGCCAGGAGGGACCACUGUAGCUCCCUCCAUGUGUGCAGUGCUGUGGUAUUCUGUAGGGUCCUGAAUGCAGUGCACUUAUAAUGAAGAGUUCUGGUGAACCGUCAUGACCACAUUAGCAGUUUGACUGUUUAGAUGCACUGUUGAUCUUUCAAAACAAAUUAGCCUGCCAGUGUUUCUGAAUGUCUAAUUAUAGAAGCAUAGACUGCAUAGAUUCCUUUAAGCCAAAUGAAGUUCAAAUGUUAUGAAGUGGCGGUGUUUAUCCCAACACCCUCUGAAUGGUAUGUAAGGACUGAUUUUGUAUAAACUGUAUGACUCUAUGUAAAUACAAAAUGUGUCUCAUCUUUUGAAAUGAAAGGUCUAUACACAUGUCAAAUAAAGAGCAAAAACAAACAACAUAUAGAUGAAGAGCAGGGACAAGAUUGCAACCAGUCCAAACCAGUACGAACCAGUCCAUCCAGUCCUGCAUAAGAUCCAGGAAAACAAACUGGAACUGCACAGUUUUGCAUGGUGUUAAUCAGCUUUGUGCCUAUUAACUCAGAACUGACUGGACUGUCCAUGUAGUUGCUAAGUUAGGGUCUUAGCAGCUAUGCCCCCUUUAGUUGUGGUCUAUAUUACAGAAUGGACAGUAAUUUACAAACAUAGGGAAACUCCUCUCAGCCUUAAGACAAGUGGAAUUCUUGUUUGUCCUUGAGGCACUGAUCUCCAUGGCAACAUUUGUAUGCUUAGACCAGUGGAGAUAUCAAAGAACACUGCCCUUCUCCCUGCCCCUUCCUGUUCUUCUGGCCAAUCAGAGCUACUGUACAGCAGGACUGGGGGCGGGGCGGGGUUGUCUGCAUGAUGGACUUUGCCAUGUGUUAAUGCUACUGAAGUGAAUGAAUCAGACUGAUCUUAUAAUAGAACUGAGCUGAAUCAGACUGAGCUUAAAAUAAAACUGAACUGAAUCAGACUGAUCUUAAAAUAGAACUGAACUGAACUGUGUCUUGUACCCAGUCCCAAUCUACUCUUUCUCCUCACUUCUUGUCCCAUGGUUGCCAGCCCCAUCCCCUGCUGGUGGGGUGUGGUGGAUGCAAACACUAGCCCUUGCGUUAGCAUUAGCAGCUAUGUGGAGCUCUGUGCUGUAGGUUUGCAGCUGUUCACUUUGGUUUCAUAUUAUUUAUAAUGCAUUUUUUAGAUGAGUUGUGGCCUGUCUCAUUAAACUGAGUGUUCCUUUAUGGUUAUUGAGUAGCCUUACUAAUAGCAGGCACAUGAAAGUACAAAAGUGUAAUGAGUUUGUUGUACUGAAGCUAUUUUCUCCUUGCCUUCAAAUGCAGCAUGUGGGACAACUUAUUUAUUAAGUACCAGAUUAUCUGAACACUAUGAUGCUAAUUUAAUAUUGACAUAAAUGUGUCUGUGUGCUAAGAAAAUUGGUCCCAGUGUUAAACAGGAAGCAGAAUGCAUCAAGACUGAUAGCAGUAGCAGCACACCUGGCAUUUAUACAACAUAUGUUUUAAGUGCAUUAGUAGGUGUGGCCUCAGAAUGGGAUGGUGUACUACUGUAUGUGUUAAUAAGGCAUUAUGCGGUUAAAUGUAUGAUAAUGGUGAAGGCCAGCCUUCUCAUAUGUUAUUUCAGACAUUACAUUUUUGCCUCUUUACAUGCCUCUGAUGGCUACAAGUGUACAUUAGCAUAUAUGAAUAUUUAUUAUUUGGCAAGUUUGAUUUGUUUUUUUCAGAUUACAAUGACAUCAUCUGUUGACAAUGUCAAGUUAUAAGUUGUUUUUUUUGUUGGAACAGUUUAUUAUUGUGUAUUAUUUUCUAAUACAGAAAAUACAAUUAUUCAUGAUUUUGUUUAGUCAUAAUUGUACAUAUUUAACAUGUUUCUCUCGUUCUUGAAAGACUAUGCUAAUGUCAUUGAUAAUACUGUUAUUAAAAGACAUUAUUGCUGAUGUUAUUAACAGUUAAUAACUAGUCUUUUUUAAUAGAAUGGUUAUAGGGGGGGCUUAUAAAUGAAUAGAGGAAAAUGUUCUGUUUUGAACAGCGAUGUAAUCUAGAUUUAGUUCUGCUCUGCAUCUAUUUGUCUUACAGACUUGCUUCACUUUUAUUGCCUCCCUCAGUGUGAACACACAGAGAGAGAGAGAGAGAGAGAGAGAGAGAGUAUGAGAGAGAGAGAGAGAGAGCGAGAGACUGAUUAUGGACUAGUGCCUUUUUGUAUAACUGCGCCUCCUGCUGGAGACUGCAGGGUAUUAAUGUGUUUGCUGGGAAAAUGUGGUUUUGAUUGGAUUGGGGAGCCUGUCAGUUGACUUAUAAUCAGAUAGAAUAGAUUUUAAUCUCAGUGGAUGGGCAAAACAAAAUGGCAGCAGCAUGAGCCAGUCUGCUCUGUCCUAUACGGACUGUUAGUAGUGUGGCUUUUAAUGAUAGAGAGGAGAUGUCUGUAUGGAACAUCAGGGUUGGUUGGCUGCUCUCUCUCUGUUGGGGUCUCUGUCUCUGUUCCUCUGUUCCUCAUAGCUGGACGAUUCCAUUAGCAGGAUAAGCUCCAAUCAAGCUCAUUGACUUUUACCAGAACUGAAGAUGAAAAUAAAUGAAUCAAAAAGAAGACGAAGGUCAACGAGCCAUUGCUGAUGGACUGUAAGCUGAGAUCAGUGAGAGAAGAGUGCAGAGGAGGAGGAGAGUUUCCCAGAGGCAGCCUGUUAACUCCUUAAGCCUUCUGUGAGGAAUGGAGUUCUGAUUGGAUAUGUACUUCACCUGGCUACUCCCACCCCAGCAUCAUUCUGUAUGACAUCAUAAUCCAUGUACAGAGAUCAAUAACAAAAUGCUCAUGUGAACAUGGAA